AUGCAGAAGCCCUUCCAGGGACUCACGUUUUGUCCCACGGCUUUGCCGGAAGAUGUGUCGCGGAAUGUGUCGCGUAAGAUAUCGAAAUUGGGCGGUGGGUUUUCCAAAGACCUUACCAAAAACGUAAAUGUGCUGGUGGCUGGGAGUAUAGCCACGAACAAGUACCGGUUCGCCGUCCAGCACCGGUUUGAUAUGGCGUUUAUCGAUGCAGGCGUCAUAGACACCAUCUACGAUCUAUGGCUUACCGGCGAAGACAUCUCUAUGGAGUCGCAUUCCAACUACGCACACCUAACAAAUGGCAAAGACCGCAUGCUUAAAGUUCUACAGACGCGGUAUCAACUUGGCCCACUCAAGGACUUUGUCAUUUUCAUAGGUCGCGUUAACGACACUCGUGACGGUCAACUGAGUAUGGAUGCUUUGGACAACUUAUGCAUACAACAAGGCGUUCAUUCCUGCAACACGCGCCAUUUCGUCAAAGAGACCCACUGGAGUCGUCCGACGGUUUUCGUGACCGAUCAACCGCGUGGGGCGCGUGUAGACGCCGCUAGACUCCAAGGACUACCCAUCGUGCACCCCAAAUGGAUUCUGGACUGUUACAACAGAAGUGCACUACUGGAUUUUGCAUUCUAUCUUCUAGAAAACAACAUCUCUACUGACUAUGAUGCCAUUGGAGAAGGUGCAUGUACAUGCUGGCACGACGUGUUUUUGCAUAGGAAUUCAACAGAGCCACAGGCGCCGGAAGAUGAUAACAUAAACGCCAAACAAAGUCAGCGCAUAGUCUUGGAUAAAUUUGCAACAGACGGUGAUCGACUCUGGAAUAGCGUGAUGCACAAGGCAACAACAAAAGCUGCCCUUGCUAAUGACCAACCCAUAAUUAAGACUGCAAGAGCAGAACAAACCCCAAGCUUGUUUCAAGAUAAGCACUGCUAUUUAUUGCAUUUCCCAAUUAGACAAAAAACUAUUCUUCAAAAGAUUAUCACUCAAAAUGGAGGAUCAUGCUACGACUUUGACCCGAAAUCAAAGAUUGAUCAACCCUCAUAUCUGGUUGUGCCCAGCGACCAAUAUGUAACCGAGCUAGCAUUGCUGGAAAAAUCGUUCACUCAUUUGGUUACAGAAUUUUUUUUCGAAAGAUGUUUGCAUUAUAAGAAACUGCUGACACCAGAUCCAUGGUGCUUACCGUUCUUUUCCGAAUUCGAUAUUAUUCCGUCUCAACAACUUUCUUCAGAAACACACGAGCCCCGAGCCCUCAAUGUGGCUAUAACGGGAUUUCAAGGUGUUGAACUUUUGCAUAUUACCAAGAUGUUGGAUUUAUUGGUACCGUCUGGGCUGAGGCUAAGUCAGACCUUAAACAAAGAAACCGACUUCUUAGUCAUCAACUUAGGCGCUUUGAGCAGCAUCCCGGAAACUCAUAAACUAUGGCAAAAUCAGUUGGCGUCCAUGUUCACAGAGAGCCGUAAAAUUGAACAGAAUCAAGUACAUCGCAAUUCUAUGAAGCGUAAGAUUGAGUUCAUCAAACAAAAGCACAACGUACCCGUAGUCACCGCCGGGUUUGUAAUGGAGGUUUUCACUCGAGCGCACAGGAGUCGCACCGUAGGGAAACCGAUGGCAAAAAUCUAUCUGAACGACCUCAAUUGGUGUAUAUCGUGUCCCAAAGGCGGGAAAGACCAAUAUUAUCUAGAGCUUCACCAGAGACAUGCAGCAAGUUCUGUGAAAGAAAAUUUGUUCCCCGCAAAGUCUGGCCUUGCACAGAAAUUUAAUUCUACAAGCCAUCUCUCAAUAGGACAAAGCCGCCAAGAAAUUAUUCAAAGGUUUAGUGGUGCUUCACCAUCAUCAAAAACAGUGGCUAAGCGUUCACAUACUGAAUCUGAAACUUUUUUGACUGUUCCGCAGUAUUCUGCACCACCUAAGGUCCCAAGAUUAGUACCCACCGAACCUCUUCAACCCAUUCAAAGAUCUUCUAGCUGGGGCCGAAUGCUGUCGGACCAAGCGCGGAAAGCUGAAAAUCAUCAUGAGUCUGACCAGGAGCCUGCUAUACAAUGCGAAGAGCCUGCACACACACAAGUAACCUAUGGCUCUCCUCAACAAAAAUCAGAUACAAAAGCCCCUGUUAGGAGAAUCACACGUCAACAUAUGCGAGAAAUAGAUACUUAG